AUGGAGAGGCGCGCUAGGACAGCAAGCAGUGAAGAAAGAUUCUCUGUAGUGUUUGGUCAAGUAACUGCUGGUUACAUGCAUUGUGAUAAAACAAAGAUGCCCAUAUAGCAAAUAAGGAUGCGUGAAAAUACUAAAGAAGGUUAGGUUACGUGAAGGUACUGAGGAGCGCAUCAAGAAGUAACGUAAACAUGUCUUAUAGGAGAGACCGCAGCAUCAGAGAAGUCUAUGAGGAGCGCUUCGCGGAAAGAGCAAGUGCUUCUUAUCAGAGGGUUGUGAGCAUAGAGAGACGAGCACCUUUCCCUACUAGGACAGAGGAGGACUAUGACACAGGGGGUGACUAUGAAGGUCAGCGUUAUGGUCCACGAGGUUACCAAGUUGAUGACCAACGAGGUUACCAUGGCGAAGACCAGAGAGGUUACCAAGGCGAAGACCAGAGAGGUUACCAAGGCGAAGACCAGAGAGGUUACCAAGCCGAAGACCAGAGAGGUUACCAAGCCGAAGACCAGAGACUUUACCAUGGUGAAGACCAGAGAGGUUACCACAGUGGAAGCAUGCAUAUUGGGAACGGGCGCAGAAAUGCCCCUCAUCAAUAUAAAAGGGAUGAACAGUCUCCUUACUACAGAGGGCCCAGAGAAGAUCCACCAACUGGUCGUCAGGUUGAGUUCAGGGCCAGCAGCCGGGGAGCUGCCCCGCCUAGCGUGAGGGGCCAGAGGCCGCCCCCGCCGCGCUCCAUGCACACCCCCAGCGGAGAUGACACCGUGAUGCACGCCCUCAGGAACAUCGAUAGAUCGGAAGACCUCGAGGGGCUCAGACGUAAAGGCCCUGGUCCCCCAGUACAUGAGCGCUCACCAGCCAGAAGAGACAUCCCUCCCUCCCCCCACAGUCGCUCAGGCUCCAGCAUCAGCAGCAGAAGCUACUCCCCAGACCCUGGCAAAAGCUACUCCUACCCUAACCAGCAGAAGAAGAGAUAUGAAGAACCAUAUGGCUCAAGUCGAGAAUCUGUAGAAAGAGAGAGAGCAUCCAGCUACAUGGUCAGUGCAUCGCGAGAUGGAUCUCCACAUAGACCCAGCUCAGUUCUGGCCACCAAGGAGGACAUUCCAGGGUUGGGUCUGGACCAGGACGACGGGCUCAAGGAGGAUCUCGUCAAGGGCACCGAUGACUUCCAGGAGCGCCGCGCCCAAUCCAUCGCCACCAAAGCCCUGGAGAUAGAGCAGCUGUACAGGCAGGACUGCGAGACCUUCGGCACGGUGGUGAAGAUGCUGGUGUCCAAGGAGCCGGCACUAGAGAAGCAGCUGCAGGGCCCGCUGAGGGACAGUCUGGUGGAGAUGCGGGAGAGGUGUCUGGAGGACCUCCGUCUUUACAUCGAUGAGCUGGAUGAGUUGAUGCUGAGGCAAGACACUGCAACCUGACUCCUCCUGAGUCCACACCAAUCCAUCUCCCUCCCCAUGAGAAUCUCGACAUCCAGCAGGCACUUUCUAUCUCAUUGUGAAAUGUAUACAACCACCUCAGCUUCGGAACUACAUAUGUGUUUUCAGGGUCUACUGUUACAAUUGUUUUUUAAUUUGUUUUUUACAGUUCACUGUUUUUACAUAUUUUUUUAAAACUUUCCUAUAUCCACUACAUGGUACCAGUACUUGCUCGACGGAGCACAAAUAUGACAUUUGUCUAAAUGAGACUUGUGCUUGACAUUAAUUUCCUAACCAUUUAGAUACAGUACAAUCAUGGGUUGGCAUUGGACCUCUUAUAUCCUUUCUGGAUACAAAUAUCAGUGUUAUAGUCCACUGGUGUUGAGAAACAUGACAUGGGAAACAAAAUUGAUCCAAACUUUCUGGAUUUUAAGCCAGUGCAUUCCUCAUUUUGUAUUACUUUUUUUUUUUUAAAAAAAGAACACUAAGUUAGGUUACAUGUUGUUUUCAGAAUGUGUUGUGUUAUGGUUCUCAGUUUUUGGGACCACUCCUAAUCUUUUCCACUACCAAUUAAAAUAGUUUGUACUGUU